GUUUAGAGUGAAAGUAAAAAGCUACAUGACUAAUGACUACAGCAUUUGGCUUUCGGCGUUGACUGACAAUGACUGUUAAAAAUCAGUCCUUUCACUUUCCUUCCAUUACUGCAAUUCCUUAGGGUUUAUAUCAGUUGCCUUUGGGAUCGCUUCUUCAAUGUCUAAUCCGUGACCUUUGGGAGCGCCCGCAACGCAAAGACGCUAGUCCUGACGUCACUUCCGGAAAUGUAGUACUUGCUCUUUCGCCUUUUGCUUCACCGGCUUUCGAAUAUUCCCUAACAAAGAAUUGUGAAAAUGCCGAUGUAGCUUCAACCAAAGUAUCUAAGGUUUUAUCAUGUAUAACUUAAGGUUGAUGUAGUGAUUAUACAAAAAAAUCGCACAACGAGAGAGGAGAGAGGUUUCAGCGGAGUUACCAAUAAGCGGCUCACGAAAGAACGUCAGACAAGUAUGGCGGAGAUUCAGCCGUAUUCUGAACAAGAGCUUGAGGCUAUAAAAGCAUUUCUAACUGAAGUGAAUAACGAGCGAUCUGAGUUUGGUCUUAGCCCUGUUGGAACUACCACCGCCGUCAAGUUUCUUACUGCUCGAAAAUUUGACAUCGAUCGAGCUCUACUACUCUAUAAGAGUUAUUUGGAAAAGUGUAGAGUAUACUGCAUCAAUGACAUGUCCCCAUAUGAAGAUCCCCUGCGCCAGGAACUGCUUUCUGGCAAGUUUACCAUACUGGAUGCUAGAGAUCCUAGUGGUGCUGCCAUAGCUAUGAUCACGGCCAGAAUGCAUCAACCAGAGGUCACUAGUCAUAGUGCAGUCAUCACAGGAAUGGUGUUUCAGUUGGACCAAGCCAUCAAAAGUCCACUUACUCAGCGAAGUGGUUUGGUUUUACUCUAUGACAUGUCAAACUCAUCCUACAAGAACUUUGAUUUUGACCUGAGCCAAAAGAUUUUAGAAUUAUUAAAGGGUGGCUAUCCUGCAAGGCUGAAAAGCGUAUUCAUAAUAUCGCCUCCUCUGUGGUUCAAGGCCGUCCUUUUAAUUCUCUCCAGUUUCCUUCGUGAAAAAAUCAGAGAGAGAAUCGAGAUUCUGAGCAUUGAACAAUUACAAGACCGUCUACCAAUAGGCACCAUUCCCAAGUCUCUUGGCGGCAAGCUGAAUGUGGAUCAUUUCUCGUGGUUAAAUCAGUGUAUGGCAGCUUAUUCCGAAAAAGUGGGAGCCAAUGAGGAGCCGCCGCCGCCGCCGCCGCCGCCUCGGGCAACGACACAAACUUCGUCGACCAAUCAAACACCGUCUCAAACCGAGGUUUUACCACAGGGAUCCCGAGCAGUGGUAGCGGAAGAUUAUCCGAAGUUUGGUGAGCCGGCAAUGCGUAUCAUGGAGUUUCUUGCACACGUGAAGGGCCUGGGCAGGAGGGGCAUCCGAAGGCAGUACCUGGAGCUACGUAACAUGCCCGUAGAAGGGACGUUCCUCCGAACAAAACUUCGUGCGAAUCUUCGGAAAAACCGCUAUACCGACGUGCUUUGCGUGGAGGAGACACGAGUGCCUCUGAGCCCUGUUGACGAGGACGACUGCUCGGAUUACAUCCAUGCUAACUUUACUGAUGGCUACCGUCAACACAAAGCAUUCAUCGCCACACAGGGACCCCUUCCCAACACCACCUCGGAUUUCUGGCGGAUGGUGUGGGAGCAGGGUGCUAUGGUGAUUGUCAUGAUAACCAGGUGCAUGGAGCGUGGGCGCGUCAAGUGUCGGCGGUAUUGGCCCGAAGACGGGGAUUGCGAUGACCACGUGGAUCUCCGUGUGCAACACGUGGAGACACAAGAGUACGAGGACCACGUGGAAAGGAUCUUCACCAUCGACCACGUACAGACUGGUCAAAGUCGGACCAUCAUACACUUCCAGAUGACGUCAUGGCCUGACUUUGGUGUUCCUUCAUCAGCUGAAUCAUGUCUCCACAUACUAGGCCUUGUUCGUCAGGCCCAGGCUUCCGCGGUCCUGGCAAUGGGGCCAUCCUGGAAAGGGCAUCCCUCGGGCCCUCCAAUAGUGGUCCAUUGUUCUGCAGGUAUCGGGCGCACCGGGACAUUUUGUACCCUUGACAUCAACGUUUCUAGGUUACAACACGAAGGUGUAUGCGAGAUCGUAAACACUGUUAAGUACUUGCGUACGCAACGCGCCCACAUGAUCCAGACCCCGGAGCAGUACGAGUUCUGCCAUCUGGCAGUGCUCGAAUUCGCGCUGUCUCUGCCUUCUAUUAACGGGGAAGACAAGCAAAGGAUUAAAGAAUUUCUCCACGCGUGGCGUAGCACCAGGGAUGAUGAUAGCGAAAGCGAUUAGCUGAAUCCUGGCAAGCCAUAAAGCACCAACGCCAGGACCCUGCUAUCCAUCGACUGUGAUUCUAUGCUGUGAUUGGUCCGUCCACAACAAUAGCGUGCUGUUACCACAGGAUGCCCAUUGCAGAUUUUGGACAUGUGAAUCCAUGCUAAUGAUUAUCUUUUAAAUAUUUAAUUUUUUUUUAAUUAUAAGGAAAUGACCAUUAGGGGCGUUGACGUGCCCCCCAAUAUUUCCUUACUGUUUCUGUAUAGUGCCCCCCCCCAAUAUUUCUUACUGUUUCUGUAUCGUGCCCCCCCCAAUAUUUCGACGCCUGCUACUGCACUUCGAAUUCAUGCAAAUGGUUAUCUUUUAUGGUCUAAAUCUUCAAAUAAACUGAGCUACGAUGUAAAUUACAUCGUAGCUUUUAUUCGCUAGAAGCUCGUCGAGCUAGAGCGAUGUUUGUCUUUCAUUUCUGUGUCGACACUAAGUCUUGUGACAAGCAUUCCUGAAACCUGUUUUUAACACCGUGAAAAACCUACAUCGCGCUUUAUAAUAAUCUUGUUUUAAAUACUGUCGUUUAACUAACCUUAUUUGGAAGUCCGCUAAAAUAUUUUUUUUCGCUUUUUUGUCGCCCUAGAACUGUGUAAGUCGAAAAUUUUCACGCAAACUUGCAGAGAUUCGUGUUUACUGCGAUUUUAAAGGCCGCCAUUGAAAUAAGGGCCAGGCCCUAGCCUUUCUUAGAAGAUCACAGGAUCCCCGCGCGCUCGCCCCAGGCCCUUUUAGACCAUUGAUUGAUAUGAAAAUUGUAGUGUAGAGCCUCGACAAUCCUCAGGUAAAAGCUGUUGGUUAUGAAGCAUUUUCCUUCAUCUAAAACCAACUAGGUGAAGAAGAAUAAGUCAGAAAACCCCCCUCUCCACUGUCUUUGGGGUUGUUGGAUCAAUUAUGUAACGCUUUAUGGAUAUUUAGGCUCAUGAAAAAAACGCGCUUUCAUGUAAAAAUACAGGUGCUUAUCGAACCCUCAUUUCCGUGAGAGAUCCGUGAUUUCCCGAUUUUCCACGGAGCAAAUUUGGGUUUAAUCACGCAACAC